AUGUUUGCUGCUGGCAUUGCAUCCGUCGUGGCUGCGGGGGCCUAUGCCUACACCUACAAUCUGAAACGUUUCCAUUUUAAUGCCGACCAGCGGCAGGAAUGUAUGCACCACUUCCAGGACAUGCGCAUCGAGCUGUGGAAGCUCUUCCGCGAGGACGUGCGGGACGUUUUCGAGCUGACGCGCGCCAACAUGGAUAACUACAUGGUCAUCGGCGUGCUGAUCAUUGCCUCGGUGAUGAAUUUCAUGGCAGUAGGCUAUCCCACCUUUCCCAUGGAGCCGCCUUGGCUGCUGGUGAUAUGGAACAACAGCGUCUUUUCCUGCGUGAUCUUCGGCAUGGUGGGAGUUUGGCUUGCCAUGCAUGGCUCCAUUGCUGCCACCAGCGCCUCGACCAAGAUCCUGACGCAGGCGGUGAGGCCGCCGGUCGCUUCUCUGCUGGAGAUUCAGGGCGCUAUGCGGAUACAGGAGGAGUACGAGUCCGGUGGCCUGCAGAACUACCUGCAAGUACCAGCAGUAUUCAAAGACUCGGACUUGCCGCGGACUGACCGUGUGAGCCAGAACACAGGCGGUCUGAGACGUGCCAAGUCCGUUCCAGUUCUCUCGCCAAAGAAGGGUCACAUUGAGACCGACAACGAUGGCCUGCGCUGGAUAGAUGAGACAGCUCACGCGUCCGAGAAGGUCUUGGAGAUGCUGCGCACCGAAGAUGCUGGCCCGGGCCAGAGCGCGGCGCUGUACUCGCACUUCUGGAUGCUACGCAAGGUCCACCGGGGCUACGCCUGCUUCGACGCCUAUGCGCGGAUCAGCUUGGCCGUGUCGGCGCAGCAGCUGCUGCUGGUGGAGGCCUAUUACUCCCUGGGCCACUUCAUGUCCAAGUCAGAAGGCUGGCCAUCGCCAGUGCAGAACACUGAGGGUGCCUGGCUAGCUCUGCUGAUGGGCGUUUUCGCCUGCUGGAUCCUUUUUAAGCUGGACCUUUACAUGAGAAAGCGGCAGAGGCAGUGGGUGCAAGCGGGGCUUUGGCUGGCGCCGUGCCUUACCGGCUUGGCCACGCAGCUCUUCAACGUCCGCACUGAGCACGGGGAAGGCGGUGUGCGGCCUUGCGACCAGGUGGUGCCUGUGUGGCUGCCAUGGCUGGUAGCGCUUUUGGCCUGUGCCUGCCACGUGCUGUGGAUUCUCAUCAUUUUAUGGGUUUCGACGCCCGUGUUGGCCCAUGUGGAGCUUCCAAUCUCGUUCCGCUCAGCCAUCUACCUGGAUGUGUUUGGCUGGCACAGAAGUCGGCAUUUCCGAGCCGCUGCUGUGGAGAAUUCCCAGGGUACCGUGACCCACUGGGACCCGGCGGAGAAGAAGGGCGAUCAAAUGGACGACCAGCGCAGAGUCUUCCUGAUCUUUAAGGAGGCCAAGCGCCUGACGCGGCAGCUGGCAAAGCUGAGCCGCCCCGAGGCCGCGCGGCACUUCUCCGUGGAGGACAAGAAGGGCAUGGACCAGCUGAAGUCGGUUCUUGACGAAGAGUUGACGAAAGACCUCGAGAGCCAACUCUCCAUGCCAUGGAGUCGCCAGACCUCUGACUGGAGUAGGCAGUCCUCGCCCUUCGGCAGCUCCUGGUUGCAGAGCGCUUGCGACGACGGCAGCGGGACGUUGGUGCCCUACUGGGUGGAGACGCGCCAGGGGCAGGUGGUGUGGUCCCGUCCUGAUGGCCACAUCUUGGAUUUGAUGCGGCUGACUGACAACGUGCAGGAGCUUCUGGACCGCAUCAACACCUCUGAGGACAAGACUGACGCUCUAGUUGCCGCAGAGGCGCUGCCCUUUGAGCUGAUGCCGGUGUACCCAGACACGGAGGAAAGCAGCUCCAUUUUGCCCUGGAUGAGUUUGAAGAAGGUGUGCUGGGCCCAGCUCAUCGUGUGGGGCGCCUCCAUUGUGGUUGUCCUCUUCAACCCGGUCUACUACGACACGCCCAUGGCACCGCGGGAGCUCUACAACCCCUGGGCAAUCAGGAAGUUGGAAGUGGACUGGCCACAUCCGCGCUUCAGGCCAAGUGCCCUGGCCUGCAGCACCCAGGACGCCACGGUUUUCGUGGGGGACCAGUUCGCCAUCUAUGGGGGUGACCUCUACUGGGCAGAGGAGCCGCUGGAAGACUACGAGAACAAUGUGCGAGGAGUGCAUGCAGCACAUCAUCACCUCGUGCACCAAAGGCUUCUGGAGACUGCGGGGCCCCAGCAGGCGCUGAAGCUGCAGAACAUGACUCUUCACCCAGCCAUUCCGUCCAUUGAACUAGAGGUGUCUUGGACAGCUUUUGGCAUCCUGCGCCGAAAGGGCCGGGUGCUUUUGCUGGAUCGCACCAGCAGCCGAAUUGUGGAGCAGUCCAUCUACCCCUGGAUCCCUGGGAAGAAGAUUUGGCGUUUGGGGCCAAGCCUUCCGCACAAACGCCUAGAGGCGCUUGCGGUGAGCGAAGGUCGCAACACCAUUUGCGCCAAAAGAAAGGGCUUCGUCAACAUGGGCUGGGCUAUCAUCGCGGCGACCGACUCUGGGCAGGUGGUGUUGUUUUGCCCCAACCUGCAAGACGAGCUUCACGCGGUGGAGAUGGUCGUGUCCCUGCGCCACCGCGCGGUGGCGGAGAGUGUGCCCGACAUCUACGACAGCUACACGGGGUCCAUCACGCCACGGCAGCAGAAGAUCAUUGGCAUCAGCAUGGACUCUGAGCUGGAGGUGCUGUGGAUCCUGUCGCAGAGCAGCGAGGGGGACGCCGAGAUCCUGCUGUUCGACCUGCGGGGUCAGCGGGUGGCCGAGAAGUGGGCCAUGCCCACGGGACGCUGGUGGGUGCCAGGCCUCUGCGAUCUGGGCCCGGGCCAGGGCUUGCUGGUGGCCAGCGCUGCGGACACCAACCCCGGGGGCCCGGAGCUGUGGCGCUUCCUGCCGCUGGUCAACCCACUGCACCAGAAGUGGGUCAAAGAGAGGGCGGCUGUACGAUGA